GACAGAGGAAGUAGUUCCGGCCGCGGCCGGGCCUUGUUUCCCAAAAAUAGCGCUGUGGGUAUCCGUGCGCCGGUGUCAGUGUCUCCGGAGGAGCCGCGGCGGGAGCGGAGCGGGCGGGCAGCGCGGUCUGGAUGGGCAACUGUAUUUGUAGUGUCUGAUUCCUGAUGGAUCCUGGUUAUUGUCAGGUCUAGGCAGUCGUGGCAUCAGAUAGUCCUUGGCUGACUCAGUAGAGAAGAUGAAGAUGUUCCCUUGCACUUUCAAACAGCUCCAGUUUGCAUCUAAUGUUUCAUGUCAAAGGUGCUUAUAGAAGAAAUAGGAACCGUUUCUCGAGCUGAAGACAGAGUAAAAGAAAACUGUAUCAUGUGUUAGAAUACUGGAGAGGGACAUUCCUUGGAUUAGUACAUUUCUGGCUUGCAAAGCAAAAGAAAGAGGAGGCCAAAAAUGGGGAGGAAGAAAAUACAGAUCACGAGAUAAUGGAUGAACGGAAACAGGACAGGUCACCUUUACCAAGAGGAAGUUUGGAUUAAUGAAGAAGGCCUAUGAGCUGAGUGUACUGUGUGACUGUGAAAUAGCACUCAUCAUUUUUAACAGCUCUAACAAACUCUUUCAAUAUGCCAGCACUGACAUGGACAAAGUGCUACUAAAAUACACAGAAUACAACGAGCCCCACGAAAGCAGAACCAACUCAGACAUCGUCGAGACCUUAAGAAAGAAAGGCCUUAAUGGUUGUGAGAGCCCUGAUGCUGACGAUUACUUUGAGCACAGUCCGCUAUCGGAGGACAGAUUCAGCAAACUAAAUGAAGAUAGUGAUUUUAUUUUCAAGCGAGGCCCUCCCGGUUUGCCUGCUCAGAACUUCUCCAUGUCGGUCACGGUUCCGGUGUCCAACCCCAACACUUUAACCUACAGCAACCCCGGGAGCUCCCUCGUGUCCCCGUCCCUGGCAGCCAGUUCGUCCCUGACGGACACGACCAUGCUGUCCCCCCCUCCGAGCACCCUGCACCGCAACGUGUCCCCCGCGGCGCCCCAGAGACCGCCCAGCGCCGGCAACGCAGGUGGAAUGCUGGGGACAACUGAGCUCUCAGUGCCAAACGGAGCUGGUACCAGCCCAGUGGGAAAUGGGUUUGUGAACUCUCGAGCUUCUCCAAGUCUCCUGGGCACCGGUGGCGGAGGGAACAGCCUGGGCAAGGUGAUGCCCACGAAGUCCCCACCUCCCCCCGGAGGAGGGAACCUGGGCAUGAACAACCGCAAACCCGACCUCCGUGUGGUCAUCCCCCCCUCCAGCAAGGGCAUGAUGCCACCUCUGUCGGAGGAGGAUGAAUUGGAGUUGAACACCCAAAGGAUCAGCAGUUCUCAGUCCACGCAGCCUCUCGCCACCCCCGUGGUGUCGGUGACGACCCCGAGCCUGCCCCCGCAGGGACUCGUGUACUCGGCCAUGCCCACGGCCUACAACACUGAUUACUCCUUGACUAGUGCAGACCUGUCUGCCCUGCAGGGGUUUAACUCCCCAGGAAUGCUGUCCUUGGGGCAGGUGUCUGCCUGGCAGCAGCACCACCUCGGUCCCGCGGCCCUCAGCUCCCUUGUCACUGGCAGCCAGAUAUCUCAGGGUUCCAAUCUCUCCAUCAACACCAACCAAAACAUCAACAUCAAGUCUGAACCCAUCUCCCCUCCCCGGGACCGCGUCACCCCCUCGGGGUUCCCUCCGCAGCAGCCGCAGCAGCCGCCGGCGCCGCCGCCGGCGCGGCAGGAGCUGGGGCGCUCCCCGGUCGACAGCCUGAGCAGCUCCAGCAGCUCCUACGACGGCAGCGACCGGGAAGAUCCCCGGAGCGACUUCCACUCGCCCGUGGUGCUGGGGCGGCCGCCCAACGCCGAGGACCGGGAGAGCCCGUCGGUAAAACGAAUGAGGAUGGACACGUGGGUGACAUAAACCCCCCGGCAGCCCGGUGUCCCCAACACGAACUGUCCUGACAUAUCCACAUUUAUAAAUAAGGACGUGACUAAGUAUAUUUAUAUGUAUAUACAUACGUGCAUAUAUAUAUCUCCACAUGCAUAUAUAUGUGCUAGUGUGUGUAGCAUACACCGAUCAUCAGGCACUUACGACAAACUCGUGUAUAGCUGCAGAUGUCCCCUGGUAAAGCAGAACAAUCCCGUAGGUUUGAUCUAGUCUGGCACUUCCCUGGAGUUGUGUUUGGCCCCAGCGUUGGCAGAGCGUUGUCCCCGCAGUGUCUCCUCCUCCUCCACAGCCCAGGGCUCGCCUGUAGUACGUCCCUGUGUGUUAGUUCAGCUCAUGGUUACUCGUAGUUAAGAAAUAAUUGCUUUGUAGCAGCAGAGCAGUAGAAAAGCAGGAAGAAGAAAGCAAUACUGUACAUAAACUGACCUUUUAUUACCCAACCUGGCAUGGGUCUCUAUUGCAGAGGGUGCAUGGAGAAGGGCUGAUGCUAUAAGAAAUAAAAAAACAUAAAAAACAAAAACCCUGUUUUGCACGUGCAAAAAAAAAAAAAUAAAAAAAUAGUGUAUUGGGUCAAAGAAGUGAUUUUUUUAAUGAGUGAAAGACAUAGAGAACUCGCAUGAAAUAUUCAGAAAAUAUUAGCCUAGAAAAUAGAACAUUAACAAAAUAAAAUUAAUAUAUUAAGUUAUAAUUGGAAUAUGUUUGACAAAUUUGUUUUUACGUUCAUACCUUUGAAAAAUAUAGAAACGGAUUUUAGCUCAUGUAUAUUUUAUAUUAAAGAAAACAAUACCCUAAUGAAUUGAAGACUAUAUAUAAAGUUAUAUACAGUACUUUUGAACACAUUCUGCUAUGAAUUAUUUAUAUAAGCCAAAGCUGUAUGUUGUAGCUUUUUUGUAGAGUAUAGUUUUAUCUUAUUUUGACUUUCUAGUUUUUGCUUUCAAAGAUGAAAAGGAAAAACUUGCAGGCGGAACCUUGGGGGAAAAAUAAGCCAUGAACACUUAUAUGUAAAUUUAAAUUUGAGCCAAACUCUUUGUGUAUAUAGCAUCCUAAAUAUAUUAUCACCUUUGGUGUAAGUACCUAUGUAUUGUACGGUCACCAGAUUAAAAAGUAUAUUUUUGUGGAUUGACGCCAACUUGAAACAAGGCGAGGUCCUUAUUAAGUAGAGUAUUCACUGUUUAAUAUUUACUAUUUUGUUAAAUAUACUGUACUUUCUUUGGAUUUUAAUUAUUAUUAAUAUUAUUAUCCAGAUUUUUCAGAGGGUGUAUAAAGGGGUUGGCCCCCUCACUGGUGGUGAAUGUGUGCCGUUCAGUUGUAAUCUCUGUGCUGUAUGGUUAAGCUUCAUUAUACAUUUUAUAUAUAUGCUAUAUAAAUAGCAAAGUGGCAAAAAAAAAAAAAAUCCGGUGUUAAGUUUCAUCCUGCAUAAAUAUAAAAAAUCUGUUACAACACAUUUUAAGGCAUCAUUUUAAAGCUGCCUCUUCUGAGGAGGGAGAAAAAAAAAAAACCAGUGGAAAAACUUGACCUAAUUUCUCAUGAUAGGGAAAUGACA